CCGCCGUACGUCGCCGUCACCGUCCCUCGCUCUCCCCACUCCCACUCCCAUAAAGGCCGCCGCGAUGGCCGCAACGUUGGCCCACGCACACGCGCGGGCGGAUGGCCGACACCGACGGUGAGGAGAGCUGCUGGACGCCCGCGGCCGCCGCCACCUCCAGCCACGGCGGCGACGGGGCGCAGCUGUCCGGCGUGAGGAGGGAGAUCUACGACCGCCUGCGGGCCGCCGGCAACCAGGAGGCGCUCUCCGACCCCUUCUUCGACCGCUUGCUCGAGGACCACUUCGAGCGCCUCCCGUCCAGCUACUACGUCGACCUGGACGUGAACAAGGCGGAGGACGUGCUGCUGCACCGCCGGAUCCUCGCCGAGUGCGCCGACCCCGACAACCGCCCCGUCUUCCACGCACGCUUCCUACGGUACCUUCAAGAGGACAAACCACCAGAGGUUGAGUAUGACACAUGCGAGCGGAUGAUGGAAGGCCUCAGUUUGGGGCCAAGAAAAGCCGUGGACGAGGCCAUUUCUGCAAGGAGGGAUACACAAAUUCACCUUCAUGAAAUUAUUUUUUGUUCCAAUGACAAGCGAACGCUCCUUAGUCAGCUAUGUUGGCUGUUGUCCGAUCUUGGAUUGAACAUUCGUGAAGCUCGUGUGUUCUUCACAACAGAUGGAUUGUGUUUGGCCAUAUUUGUUGUUGAUGGCUGGGAAACAGCGGAGACAGAUGGUUUGCUGCAGCAGCUGAAGGACACAGCGAAACGUAAUCCCUUAUUAUGUAAUCUAACAAGUUCAGCCUCGGAGAGAAUAUUAGAGCUGCAAGAAAAGAUUGGAGAUUCUGAAUUCGACAGGGAUCUGUUGCAGAUUAAAGAAAAGAUUGCUUCUGGAUCUUUUGGAGACUUAUAUCGAGGAACUUACCUUGAUGUGGAUGUUGCAAUAAAGCUCCUCAAAACUGGACAUGCUAGCAAUGAUUCAAAAGUGCAGUUUUUGCAAGAAAUAAUGAUUUUAAGGAGUGUUAAUCAUGAAAACGUCAUUCGCUUUUACGGGGCAUGCACAAAGCGUCGAAACUAUCUCAUUCUAACAGAGUACAUGGCUGGAGGUAAUCUGUAUGACUUCCUUCACAAGCAAAACAAUACCUUGGAGCUUUCCUUGAUUCUUAGGAUUGCUAUUGGCAUCUCGAAAGGGAUGGAUUAUUUGCACCAGAAUAACAUCAUCCAUAGAGACUUGAAGUCUGCCAAUGUAUUAGUUGGCGAUGGUCAAGUCGUGAAGAUUGCAGACUUUUCUGUUGCUCGUCAACGAUCGCAAGAGGGAGAUAUGACUGCUGAAACUGGCACCUACAGAUGGAUGGCACCUGAGGUGAUAAACCAUAAGUCUUAUGAUCACAAGGCAGAUGUCUUCAGCUUUGCUAUUGUUCUAUGGGAGUUGGUCACUUUAAAGGUCCCAUAUGAAAGCCUGACACCAUUGCAAGCGGCACUGUCAGUAAGGCAGGGACUUCGCUUGGUGAUUCCCUCGAGCGUGCAUCCGAGAUUGUCUAAAUUGAUUCAAUGGUGUUGGGGUGAAAACCCCCAUACGCGACCCGUUUUCUCUGAGAUCACCGCAGAACUGGAAGAUAUCUUGCUGACUUUUCAGGUUAGGUUGCUGCUGGAUCUGUAG